AGAUUACCUUGCUGCUCCGAACUCCCACCGAGACGGUGUGUCUUUAGCUCGAUCUAUCCCUCACGCACACACACAUACACACACUCACAAGACUACCUCACAAAGGUAUCUUUCCCUGGUACGUCGACACCGCUUCGCUCCUCCAUACACAGUUCCAUAGGGAUAGCAGCAAUUGUGCUUCGUUUAUAAAACAAGAAGGAAACACAGCAGAUUUCUUUUCUGGGGUUUGCGUCACUUCAGAGAGUACACAGGUGUUCUACAGCGGACACCUUCGUGCUCUUUUUUGUCUUUCCUGCCGUCUUUUUUCGCCCCGAUUGGUGUUGACUGCGCUGCCGUGAUCAUUUCACUAUUCCCUCGUUUCUGCCAUAGAAAAGAAUAGAAACUUUGAAGACUUGAAGCGAAGGAGAAGAAAAAAAGAGGGAAGGUUACGCACGAGGUAUUCACCACGCCACAGACACCCAGAACUUCACGAGGUGACGUCGUUGACAGUACCCUUGGCUUUUUUAUUUCUGUCUUUGUCAUACAGACAUUCAUGUAGGCUUGCAUAGCACGUUCGCUUCUUCUUUGUUUUUCCUUUUCAAAUCCCCGAAAGAGAAACGCAUACAAAUUUAGUUUUUGCUUUGUUUUCUUCACGCACCACGCAUACACGCAUCGCAAAGACACAUACAGACUAGCCGUCACUGACUUCUUCAACAUAAAGCUAUUUGUUAGGUAUACAGCAUUUAAAAAGAAAAACAUAUAUAUCAGGUGAGCGUACAGUGCAGUAGAGUGUGGGUUUUCUGCCUCUCUUCCCCUUUUUGUUUUUUCCCUUCUCUCUCGUCCUCUGUGCAACUGCAUGUCGCAGAUGGACAACCGUGCGAAUACCGCCGUUAACGCCUUCUUCAAGAGCGGCAGCGGCAGCGGCUCCCCGACAGCGCAGCAGGGCGGCAUGGCGAGUAACUCCCUCGACCCUAACCACUUUACCCGGAUGAUCAGCCUGCAGAACCGUCUCAUGGCCAUUGUCGCUGAGGCGCAGACCAUCGUGCAGGAGCUGCAGCAGAACGGCUUCUUUCCUCGCGGCGCCGACGCGGACCCGGAGGAGGACGCCGCGAUUACCGUGAUGCAGAUGCUAGACAGCAUGCCCGGGUCCUCGCCGAUGUCGAAGCACACGCCCCCCGCGCAGCAGAACGCUCACAGCAGCAACAGCAACAGCAGCGCCGCGACGGCGUCGUCUGCCGGGGAUGCCGCGGCAACAGCGCAGCGGGUGCCCAGCCCCAAUUCGGCCAACAUGCCUCCUGCGGGCCUCGACGACGCGUCAGCUUGGGGCAGCCACGCGAAGGCCCCCGGCGCUGGCGAUUACACCAACGCCUUUCAGAAUGCCGUCUCGCACAACGCCGUGGAGGAGUUUCUGCUCUCCGGCCAAUCCGGCAGCAACAAGAAUAACGCCAACCAAAACGUAUACGAUAACGGCGAAAGUUUGGCGGAGGACUACGACAAGCUCCCGGAAGGUUCGGAGAUGCUGGCCUUUGUGGAGUUUAAGCGCGGUCGCGUGCGCAAGUACCGCUGCGAGCACCGCAUCGAGCCUGGCAACUACGUCCUGGUCGACGGAGACCGCGGCACGGACUGCGGCCUGCUUGUGCAGACGAUUGAGCGGAAGCCGAACAACGAAACGGCUGUCGUGUCGAUGGAGGGCUGCGACAUCCGUGAUGACAAGAUCAAGCUGGAGAACGGUCACGUGUUGCGCCAGGCCUCGGAGGAGGACAUCGACCGCCUGCACAACAUCAUCACUAACGCCGAGAGCGUGGCGCUCAAGACGUGCCGCCAGCGCUGCAACGAGCUGGGCAUCGAUAUUGACCUGCAAGACGUCGAGUACCAGUUUGACAUGAAGAAGAUCAGCUUUUUCUUCGACUGCGACCACAGCGUGGACUUUCGUUCCCUCGUCCGUGAGCUGUACCGCACCUUUGGCGCGCGUAUCUGGAUGGAGAACAUUAACCCCAAGGUGAAGAACUCGAUGCCGGACCAGAGCGGGGGUGGCAACGAGCGCGGCCAUGGUAACGGCGGCAACGACCGCCAUCACGGUGGUGGCGGUGGUGGCGGCUGGCGCAACGGCCGUGGUGGACGCGGGCGUGACUAUUAA